CAGAGCCCGUCUCUCUCUCUCAGUGCUCUCUCUGACCAAGCAUCAGUCACCACUCCCGGUCCCGUCCCUGUGGCCGGGAGCUGGAGCGCAGGCUGCUUGGCGGGGGUGCAUGUGUGGUGUAGCCCGGCUCUCCACACACCUGGGAAACCUCAGGUCAGAACCCAAGUCAGGCUGGACCGGGUUGGAGCCCCUCGUGUCGGCCUGAUGUCGCAGCUGCCUGUUGUUGCCGCUGCAAUGCCAGGAGAGAUGGACAAGCCACUGAUCAGCCGCUGCCUGGUGGACAGCGAUGGCAGCCUUGCCGAGGCCCCCAGCGAGGCCCCCAGAGUGGGCAUCCUGGGCAGUGGGGACUUUGCCCGCUCGCUGGCCACACGCCUGGUGUGCUCCGGCUUCAGCGUGGUCGUAGGAAGCCGCAACCCCAAGCGGUCAGCCGGGCUGUUCCCCAAUGCGGUGCAGGUAACUUUUCAGGAGGAGGCUGUGAGCUCCCCGGAUGUCAUCUUCGUGGCUGUGUACCGGGAGCACUACUCCUCGCUGUGUGGUCUUAGCGACCAGCUGACCGGCAAGAUCCUGGUGGACGUGAGCAACCCCACGGAACAGGAGCAUCUUCGGCACCACGAGUCCAACGCUGAGUACCUGGCCUCCCUCUUCCCCACCUGCACCGUGGUCAAGGCCUUCAACGUCAUCUCUGCCUGGACCCUACAGUCUGGCCCGAGGGAUGGAAACAGGCAGGUGCCUGUCUGUGGCAACCAGCCGGAAGCCAAGCGUGUGGUCUCAGAGAUGGCGCAUGCCAUGGGCUUCAUGCCAAUGGACAUGGGCUCCCUGGCAUCAGCCCGGGAGGUGGAGGCCUUGCCCCUGCGCCUCCUCCCGGGCUGGAAGGUGCCCACCCUCCUGGCCCUGGGGCUCUUCGUCUGCUUCUAUGCCUACAACUUCGUCCGAGACGUGCUGGAGCCCUACGUGCAAGAGGGCAAGAACAGGUUCUACAAGCUGCCCGUGUCCGUGGUCAACACCACACUGCCAUGCGUGGCCUACGUGCUGCUGUCGCUGGUGUACCUGCCCGGCGUGCUGGCGGCUGCCCUGCAGCUACAGCGGGGCACCAAGUACCGCCGCUUCCCCGACUGGCUGGACCACUGGCUGCAGCACCGCAAGCAGAUCGGGCUGCUCAGCUUCUUCUGCGCCGCCCUGCACGCGCUCUACAGCUUCUGCCUCCCCCUGCGCCGCUCACACCGCUACGAACUGGUCAACCUGGCCUUAAAGCAGGUCUUGGCCAACAAGAGCCACCUGUGGGUGGAGGAGGAAGUCUGGCGGAUGGAGAUCUACCUCUCCCUGGGCGUGCUGGCCCUCGGCACGCUGUCCCUGCUGGCCGUCACCUCGCUGCCAUCCAUCGCAAACUCACUCAACUGGAGGGAGUUCAACUUCGUUCAGUCCACGCUGGGCUUCGUGGCCCUGGUGUUGAGCACCCUGCACACGCUCACCUACGGCUGGACGCGCGCCUUCGAGGAGAGCCGCUACAAGUUCUACCUGCCACCCACCUUCACCCUCACGCUGCUGGUGCCCUGCGUCGUCAUCCUGGCCAAGGGCCUCUUCCUCCUGCCCUGCCUCAGCCGCAGACUCGCCAGGAUCCGCAGGGGCUGGGAGAAGGGCAGCGCCCUCAAGUUCACGCCACCCACAGACAACGCCCCUGUGGAGAAGACCAGCCACGUGUGAGGGGCCACACGGGCCCCAGAAGGGGGCCUGUUGGGGUUGUUUUUCCUGGACAGUGCGGGAUGGCGUCCUUGCACGUGGAUGGGUGGUUUGCGGUUGGAAUUCCUGGGACACACACGUGUGCGGUGCUGUUCACAUCGACACACGGCUGUGUGAUGUUGGAUGUACAUAUGUUUCCUACAGAGAGCAGCAUAGCAACUCUGCUUAGCUGAAAAGUUGCCUCCCUGAGAGUUCACCUUGUAGGUUUCAAAGCCAGUGUCAGGAGAAGAGCAGUGCGUUGCACUCUGUACAGAAGAGGCUUUGGCUUUGAUGCAUCCGACUCACCCCUGCCCCUUUUGCUCCCUCCCCAAGGCUUGUGCAGACCUGGUGCUCUAAGGGGGCUGGGAGGGCAACGGCCCUGCCUGGGGCCCACCCCGGUGGGCGGGAUAAAGUUGACCUGGGCAGGGGCAAUGGGGGUGGGGGGCACUUCCUCCUUCCUCCACCAUGGGCAGCAGCGGGAGGCUCAGGACCUGCAGAGGUGCAGGCACCCGGUGGGCCUGGAAUCUGUGCCUGCUUCCCUGUGUCUGGCUUUUGUCCUAAUGCUUCCCGAGCUGGGGAGGCACUUUUCCUCCUGAAAGUCAGAAGUCACCAUAGAGCCUGCAAAUUGAUCCACCUGUAGGAGUGUGAAGUCCCCCUCCCGGCCAGAGCGCGGUAAUUAGCGCUGGCUUGAGGGCAGGUGUGAUCGCUCUCUCUCUCUCUCCAUUAGGCUGCUGGAUGCCUUCUCACCUUCCCGUCCUUGGUGAGAACAUCACCCGGCAGGCGCAGAGCAGACCCUUUAGAAAGCAGGCCGGGGCUGGGGGCGGGGGGGUGGGGGGGGACACGA